GAAUCGGGAGGAUUCAAAUACACUCAAAUAUGGAACGAGUAAGUGGAGAAAUAUUCGUCGUCACAGGUGGAGGGCAAGGUCAUCUCCACCCAAGCAUCGAGCUUUGCACACGCCUCACCGCACGUAACUGGAACACUACUCUUGUUAUCCCCGAUCGAGGUGUCGAAACCCCUUUCGAACCUCCCUGCUGGGUUCCCGCAACACUUCCUCAUUCAUUCAUCCAAAAUCCCCUAACUUCUUUUCUCUACAUCACUCCAUCAUCAUCCUCACCCUAUGUGGUCGAUCGAUAUCGGCAGGAAGCAACCAAUCAGCUCGUUUUUCGCAUCAACGCCCACGUUAUAUCAGACGCGACUCCCCCUCUCGUAUGCGCAAUCAUCGAUAUCCAAAUGGACUGGACCAAAGACAUUUUUGCCGAUUACGGAAUUCCAAUUGUGACCUUCAUUUCCUUCGGCGCAUGUGCUGCAUCUAUGAUGUCCUAUGUGAUGAAACUCAAAGCAUCGGCUGAAAGCUUCAAGCCUGGAGACCCUAAGAAAACCAUUAAGGGAUUGCCAGUGGAGAUGUCUAUUACACUAGAAGAUUAUAAGCGUCUGGACCGGGAAAUAUUUCUAGGUCUGAUGCCACCUGAAGACUUUGAAUUCGAUCGCACCCUCUUUUCUGAACCUCUCGAACUAGGAAAUCUGCCACGAUGGCUUAUUGCAAUCAGAGGCACAGUUGGAAUAAUGUACAACACGUGGGAAGAAUUGGAAAAGCCGUUUCUCGACUACAUAACGGCGGAGUUGAAUAUCUAUAUGCCUGGUUGGAACGUGCCUGUUUGGGACGUAGGUCCACUUUUACCCGAAACAUACUGGGAAUCUGCGAAUGAUAAUUCGCUCAUUGCAGGAAGAAAGUCUCAGCGCGUAUCAAAUCAUUCAGAAGAGGAAGUAUUAGCUUGGCUAGAUCUCAAAGAACAGGAUGAGGUACUUUACAUAGCAUUUGGGAGCGACGUCGGUCCUAAAAUGAUCGAGUAUUCUCACAUUGCAAAAGCAUUGGAACAUUCCUCCAUAGCUUUUAUUUGGGUAAUACCACCACGGGCUGGUAUACCCAAAGAGUCUCAAGCACCCGGGGGGUUUUACCCCGAAGAUCUAGUUCUCAAGGCAGGAAAACGCGGUCUAGUAAUCUAUGGCUGGGCGCCACAACUUCUCAUCCUGUCUCAUAUUUCCACCGGAGGCUUCCUAUCGCAUUGUGGCUGGAAUUCUACCGCUGAAGCUAUCGGACGAGGCGUUCCGUUUCUGACUUGGCCGAUUAGGGGAGAUCAAUUUUAUAAUUCGAAGUUGAUUGUGGAUUGUUUGAAAAUUGGAUACAGAGUUGCGGAGAAUAUGGAAGAAGAGGUUUUGGAAGCGGAUGUUAAGAUGGGGAUGGAAAAAUUGAUGGGAGAUGCGGAGAUGAGGGAGAGAGCGAGGGUAUGGCGGGGGAAAUUUAGGAAUGGGUUUCCGAUUUCGUCGGAUUGGUGUUUGAAUUCUUUUACGAGGUUUGUGAUGGAUUGGAGGGCGGAGAAGGUGGAGUGAAAGAUCUAGAGCUGUGCUGGAUCUUUGUUGGUUUUCUUUUUUGUACAGGGUGCUUUUAGUAGAUGGUUUGUUUUCUGCGAAAAAGAGCUUGGAUAUAAUUAGAAAAC